AUGGACGAUUCUAUAUUGAACCAGGAAGUCGAUGAAAGGUCUUGCAAUGACCCGUCUGUCUUAGAAAACUGCGUAGAAGAUGGAGUAGUGGGCUCUCCGAAACCUCACUUAUCUUGUCAUUACCAUCAAACUGAACAAAUAGAUCCAAAUCCCACCGAUAUAUUAUCAAAUCAAACACUAGAGACUGUCAAUGAGCAUUUACCAACUACCUCAGCCCCGGAUGACGCAGGAUGGGUAGAUACUGUUGCCGAUAUUCUUGAUUUUACCUUCGAUCAAACAUUACACGGCCCACGCAUGCACAUAAAUGAAGCCGAAACUGAAAAAGAUGUUUUCGAUUUACUGUUAACGCCAGACCUUGUUGAGUAUUUAGUGAAUUGCACGAAUGCAUAUGGUAACUAG